GAUCAUUAGACCAGAGGCAGUUUUGGUGUGACACGAGUGAAAAAUGUAGUACCAAGCAAAUCUAAUAGUAUAUUCUUUCUGGAAUCAUCAUCGUGGUAGAUUGAACAUCAUGGUUCCUGGUUAGGUAUUACUCGAGGAUAUUACUGAAAUAAAAGUGCAUAUUGAGGUUCGAACAUGGCGUAUAAUCUGGUAUUGAAAGUUUUGCUGGUGUUUGCUAUCCAUCAGAUGGUUUUAAUCUCAGUUGGCCAUACAUCAGUCCCAAAACCGAGGAAUCCAGAUUCGCAAAAUAAAACUAAAAAAUUAAUUCCUGAAAAUUACUUGAAAGAAAUAAGACCUCCGACUAUCAUGGGAAAACCGAUCGAAGUGGAUUUCAGCAUGAGAGUGGUCGAUAUCAAUUCCAUAAACGUCGAAGAUAUGGAUUUUCGCAUGGACAUGGUCAUAAAACAAGAGUGGCAAGAUGCAAGAAUAAAGAUUCCUGAAGAGAUGUUCGAAUUAGGAGAUGACUCUGUAACGCUACCAUCUCAAUUUUUCGAAAAUCUGUGGCAGCCCGAUUUGUAUUUCUUGAACUCCAAAGUUGUUGAAAUAGCAACACUUACACACAAAUUUUCAUCAGUGACACUAUUCAAGAACAAGACAAUCAGGUAUGCCGCAAGGAUGCAUGCUAUAGUAGCUUGUCAAAUGGAAUUUCAACACUAUCCCAUGGAUACACAAGUGUGUCCUAUUACUGUAGAGAGCUUUUCUUAUAACAGUAACAAAAUGAUGUUACAAUGGUCAGGACCUGGUGUUACUCUCAGUCCAGAGCUCAAACUUCUUCAAUAUAACAUUUUGCCACUAACUCUGGAAGAAACUCAGGAGUAUACAAUGGAAAAGAAUGGAAAAUUUUCCAGGUUGGUCGUGUACUUCCAGUUCGAAAGGCAGAUCGGCCAUCACUUGAUUCAAACUUUUGCGCCUUCGACUCUGGUGGUGGUGCUAUCCUGGUUCAGUUUUUGGCUGGACCUGGAUGCCAUUCCUGCCAGAGUGACGCUCUUGGUGACAUGUCUGCUAACCCUGGUCACGAUGUUUACUGGUCUGAGGUCGGAUAUACCAGCAGUAGCUUACGUUAAGGCUUUGGAUUUAUGGAUGGCUGGCUGUAUGAUAUCUGUUUUUGCUUCGCUAGGAGAAUUUGUUAUAGUCAAAGUCCUACAUGGAAAAUAUAAUAUUCUCAAAGCAAAAGAAUCCAAGAUCACCAAGGAUAGAUCUUUGCAGCAAUGGACCAGUCCACCGCCAUCACCAAAGUACAUUUAUAAUUUCAGAUAUAAAAACAUGAGACAGGACAAUUAUAUUCAAUUGUACUGGAAAACGGACAAUGGGAAAAUCAAAAUCAUGUGGAAGGAAAUAGAUCGGGUAUCAAGAAUAGUGUUCCCAUCCUUCUUUUUCGUCUUCAGCAUAAUGUACUGGACCAUACUGAUGGUUGGCAGCGGGAAAUGAUGAGGAAAUUCCAAAGUAUUUCAAAUCAAUUAUUUUUAUUUUCAUACAAAUUGUAGGAUCACUUUUUACAUAUAACAAAAAACAUAUAGGCAGUACUGCUGAUAGUUUCUAACUGACUCUGGUACAUUUUUAAUUCCAGCGAUAUCUAAAGCACAUGAAUCGAUGCAGGAAUCAACCUGCCAACGUUCGACGAAAUGUUGAUGUAACCAUAUUUUCAGGAGUCAAGAUAUUUUGUGUUAUGAGGUUGGCAACAAAGUUGUAAAAUGUUAACAGAACCAGCGCCCAACACAAUAUUCAAUUUUCUAUCAGAUCAAAAUGGUGGAUUGUGAAUUACUGAGAAUUAAAAACAAACAACUCUUCGGGUCCUUCGUUUUUCAAACUAACUAUACUCAAUGGGGAAGUUUCCUAUAUUUAGGUUUUUAUC